GACGGCUUCACACCCCUGGCAGUGGCUCUCCAACAGGGCCACGAUCGCGUGGUGGCCACUCUCCUCGAACGCGACACCAGAAGCCGUGGUGGCCUGCCCGCCCUCCAUGUGGCUGCGCGCAAGGACGAUGUCAGUGCCGCUACCCUCCUUCUCAACAAUCCCGACGUCAAUGUCGAUCAUCAGUCACAACCCGGCUUCACGGCUCUGCACAUCUCAGCACACUACGGCACUGUGAACGUGGGCACUCUGCUGAUCCAGCGAGGAGCGGAGGUCAACUUCCAGGCGAAGCACGGCUGUCACGGGGUCGACUCGCCUGAGGGCGGGUAG